AUGAGCAGCAAUGACAUGAAUGUCAAGGUCUUCGACCUGCAAUUGUUCAUAGACGAUGAGGACGAGGAAGAUAUUGCCUACAAACAGAAACUGCAGAGCUUGGUUAAUGGAACAGUGACCCCAAGCCAAGCAGCCACCGGCUUCGACCACUGGAUUGUUGAAGGUGCCAACAAUCGUCUAAAAUGGCUAGAGCAGCGGGUCGACCCCAGAAGCUUGACUGCUGAAGAAGAAGAGAGCGGUAUGACCAUGCGAGUGAUAGCUCCCAACGCCAGCGGGAAAAUCGAGAUGGUCUUUCCGACUAUCGCCAGGCUGUCCACCGCAUUUCCGCCGUUUCACCCUGGACAGGAUGCAAUCGUCCAGUUCCUCGAGGCACUCAGAGCGCUGCCCGAACACCAGGUGCCUGACGGCAUCCCAUCCGAGGACCCCAGUAGCAGGGAUUAUCUGAUGACGCUUUGGCCGUUUGGGGGAAAUUGGAUGGCCUUGGCCGAACAUUUCCGCAGAGAAGCAGACACCUAUUCUUACCCAUACUCUGAUAUCGAGACGCUUGGUAGCGAAACUCGAUACCGCUGGCGGAACUUCCAAUCCGCCAUCGCGCGCAUCACUGCUCUAGGCCUUAUCGACUGCAGCUUUCUCUCUGCGCUCGGUGACAUCGUACCAUCGAGUCGGAAUUAUGUCGACCUGGAACAGCGCAAGGUUGGCGGACCCAACAGACUUGCGGGUUGUGCGGUGGCAGCUGCGCAGUGGGUCAUGUGGCCUGGUGAGGGUCUCUUUGUGUAUCAGCAGUGUAAGAAGGUCGAAAAGGUGUCCGGGCCACGAGAUAUGUGGAGUCGAGAAAGAUGGGAGUUAUGGAAGGAACAGUUCACCUUUGUGUCAGAAGAUGAAAGGUUUGACCCCGAGGCACGGCUGGUGUGCAAACUGUCAAGGGAGCAGAUGAUCGGCUACGAAGAGGAAGACGGCAUCUAG